AUGUCGGCAGCUCCGGGAGACGAAUACCAACCCACCGGUGAGGGUCUUGAAGGCAGCACCACUGCCGAUACGGUGCAGAACGACUACAAGUCUCGCACUGGCCAGAGUCACAUCCCUGUCCAAGGCGACGACGCUCCAGUUGAGGAUCCCAUUGACGCCAACAAGGCCGAUUCAGAUGAGCAACUGGCUCGCGACGAUGCCGACGCCAUUGAUGAAAGCAAUAUCAUCGACGAGCGUACACGUGGGGCAGCUAAACCUGGGCAGUACCGUGAGCCGGGUGACGAGGAAGGUCUUCCAGGUCCGGAGGAUGGCACCUCCCGAGUGCGUGGCGGGCCAAAUCCAUAG